AUGAGCAAUCUAGAUUCGGCUGCUCAGGUAUGGCAUCACACGAAAGUUCCAUGCAAACAGUCAUCAGCUACAGCCUACUACGACCUAGGUGCCUUUCAUCGGCCUGUCACAACCACCAGCCAUCAUGCCCAGACGUGGUUCAAUCGUGGCCUUAUCUGGGCCUACGCCUUCAACCACCAGGAGUCGGCCCAUUGUUUUGAACAGUGCAUCCUGUCAGAUUCAACUUGCGCAAUGGGAUACUGGGGCCUGGCCUUUGCCCUAGGUCCGAACUACAAUAAGCCAUGGCAGCUCUUUGACGGAGAAGAUCUUUCAACCACUACAACACGAGCACAUGGUGCAGUCAUGGAGGCCUUGAAGCAUGCACCUGCCAGUACACCUGUGGAAAAGGCCCUGAUUGAGGCCUUGCAGUACCGAUAUCCUCAGGCGGAGCCUGUGAAGGACUGCACGGAUUGGAACGGCCAAUAUGCGAAGGCCAUGGAAGCUGUAUACCAAGCCUUUCCGGACGAUCUAGAGGUCAUCGCCCUUUAUUGCGAUGCAUUAAUGAACCUAACCCCCUGGGGUCUAUGGGAUCUGAAAACUGGCGAGCCCUCCCCUGGUGCUCGGACUCUUGAAGUGAAACAGGCGCUAGAUCGCGCAUUGGCGCGCGAAGAUGCCUUGCGACACCCGGGCCUCCUGCAUUUGUAUAUUCAUCUGAUGGAAAUGUCUCCCACUCCAGAGCGUGCUCUCCCAAUAGCGGACAAUUUGCGAGGUCUCGUGCCCGAUGCCGGUCACUUGGAACAUAUGCCGACCCAUUUGGAUAUUCUCUGCGGCGACUACCGUCGAGCGAUCGCGUCGAACACAUCCGCAAUUCGUGCUGAUGAGAAAUUCCUGGCCAACCAGGCUCUUGGUCAUUUUUAUCAUCUUUAUCGUGCGCAUGAUUAUCACUUUCGUAUGUAUGCGGCCAUGCUGGGUGGCCAGUCUAAGAUUGCUCUGAAUACCGCCACGGAGCUGGCAGGUUCCAUGACCGAGGAUCUCCUGCAGGUUGAAUCACCUCCCCUUGCCGAUUGGCUUGAAGGUUUUGUAGCCAUGCGAGUACACCCUCUUGUUCGCUUUGGUCGCUGGGAUGAUAUCAUUGCCCUACCCCUUCCCGUGAAUCAGAAACUCUACUGCGUGACCACAGCUAUGAUACACUAUGCGAAAGGAGUGGCCUUUGCAGCUACGGACCGGAUUGAGGAGGCAAAGAAUGAACAGGAGCGCUUUUUAUCAGCGGUAAAGUUAGUUCCUUCUUCUCGGACGAUAUUCAACAACACGGGCGUGGACAUUCUUGGUGUUGCUGCUCCCAUGCUGGAAGGCGAGAUCUUAUAUCGUUGUGGGGAAUAUGAAGCAGCGUUUGCUAGUCUGCAGAAUGCUAUUGAUCGGGAUGAUAAUCUUCCGUAUGAUGAGCCUUGGGGCUGGAUGCAGCCAACUCGACAUGCUCUCGGGGCCUUACUUCUUGAACAAGGUCGUGUUGAGGAAGCAGCUGACAUAUACGCCGCCGAUCUUGGAAUUGACCAGUCUCUGCCUCGUGCCUUGAGACACCCAAAUAACGUCUGGGCGCUCCAUGGUUACCAUGAGUGCCUCAACAGGCUGGAGAGGACGGCAGAAGCGCGCAUUCUAGAGCCGCAAUUACGGCUUGCCUUGGCCAUGGCUGACAUACCUAUUCGUGCGUCUUGUUUCUGUCGACAAAGAUAG